AUGGCGCUGGCCGCCUUGGGUUUCCUAGCAAACCCCAUCUUGUCAGACCUCAGCAACGUCAACCUUGGUCUCCAGGAUCAACACCAGCUUCUCCGUUUCGUCCACCGGUACAUCUCAGCAUUCGGAGGCGACCCCGAGCGCGUCACCCUGGGCGGCAAAUCGGCUGGCGCUCAUUCUGUGGGCUUCCACUAUCAGAAUACCUUCACUCCUGGUGAAGAGCUGUUUCAACAGGCAAUCUUUCAGUCCGGCGGCCCAACGGGACGCUCGUUCCCUAGUGUGUCGGACCCGUUGACGAUUAGGCAGUUUGAACAGUAUGUGGAAGGAGUUGGUUGUCAGAGCAAUGGAACCGCUGAGGACUUGCUUUCAUGCUUGAGAGCCGUAGACGUUGAAGUCCUGAAGAAGACCGCAACUGCUUUGCUAGCGGCGUAUCGAUUUAACGGCACUCAUCCUUUCCAAUCUGUGUCCGAUGCUGUCAUCAUUCCUCGUCUCCCAUCCGAAACCUGGGACGCAGACAAAUGGAAUCACCUGCCGGCUCUUACAUCUUUCAUCACCGACGAGGGCAGUCUGUACGCACCCACGAACCUGACAACGGACGAUGAAGCAUGGGGCUGA